AUACACACACGCGUACGCUGCAGGAUUCGAGCCAAGGCGACGACCACAAUGAUCCAAAGUGCCGCACCAUCGUGCCGACGGUGGUGGGCGUUAGGGUUCGCGGCGGUGGCGCUGUGGGUCGACUCGACGUCGGGUUGGACAACCCAACGCCCGCCGAUGGCGGGCCUGCGACGCUUCCAGUCAUCCGCCUGGUACAUGUCGUCGUCUUCCACCGAAAAACCCACCACCAGUGGCACUAUCAACGGCGGCGGCGGCAAGCAGAAGGCCGCUUCGCAACCGAAGAAGACAGCAGGCAUCGUCUACGACGCACAGAAAAUACGAAACUUUUCCAUUAUUGCGCACAUUGAUCACGGCAAGUCGACACUGGCGGACCGAUUAUUGGAAACGACCCAAACAGUCGCUCAGCGAGACAUGGAAGCGCAAUUGUUGGACAAUAUGGAUCUGGAACGGGAACGGGGUAUUACCAUCAAGUUGCAAGCCGCUCGGGUUUUGUAUCAGGCAAGAGACGGUGAAAUGUAUUGCUUAAAUUUGAUCGAUACUCCGGGACACGUCGAUUUCUCCUACGAAGUUUCACGUUCGUUGGCGGCUUGUGAAGGCGCCUUGCUCGUAGUGGAUGCCUCUCAGGGUAUCGAGGCGCAAACCUUGGCCAACGUGUACCUGGCGCUCGAAAACGACCUCGAGAUUAUCCCCAUUCUCAACAAGAUCGAUUUGCCAGCGGCCGACCCCGAGCGCGUCGCGGAAGAAAUCGAAGCCACGAUUGGUUUGGAUUGCAGUGGGAUUGUGCACGCCAGUGCCAAGACCGGCAUUGGUAUCGAUGAUAUUCUCGAACGCAUCGUCCAAAUGGUACCGCCACCCCCCGCGGCCACCGGUGGACCCUUCCGAGCCCUCAUUUUCGAUUCCUACUACGAUGCCUACCGCGGCGUUAUUGUCUUCUUUCGCGUCAUGGACGGAGAAGUCUCGCAAGGAGACAAGGUGCGCUUCCUCGCUUCGGAUGCCGAACACGAUGUCACCGAAGUUGGCAUUAUGCAACCGAAUCAAGUCCCGGUGGAUUGCCUGCAUGCCGGUGAAGUCGGAUACCUUUGGGGGAACAUUAAGGAUGUACUGGAUGCUCGCGUAGGUGAUACCAUCGUGCUGGCGAAAGAAUACAAGGAAUCCGCCAGCAAAGGGAAGUCGCCACCGAUCGAGGCGCUACCCGGAUACGCGGACUCCGUUCCCAUGGUGUAUUGCGGUCUGUUUCCCGUCGAUGCGGAUCAGUACGAAUCCUUGCGUGACGCCCUCGGAAAAUUGCGUCUAAACGAUGCCGCGUUAUCGUACGAACCGGAAAGUUCAGGGGCCAUGGGGUUUGGCUUUCGCUGCGGCUUUUUGGGAUUGUUGCACAUGGAAAUUGUUCAAGAACGGUUACAACGUGAGUACGAUAUUGAUUUGAUCGUUACGGCACCCUCGGUCGUCUACAAGGUGAAAAAGGAACACCAGGAAGAAUUUUUUAUCGAUACUCCGGCGAAAAUGCCCGACUUGGGACGCAACGAUGUUGCUUUAGAACCUUAUGUACGGAUGGAGGUGUUGACCCCCAGUGAAUACAAUGGAGCCAUAAUUGAAUUGGGGCAAGAACGACGAGGCGAUUUGAUUGAUAUCAAGUUUUUGACGCCCACUCGAUCCACAAUCGUGUACGAAUUACCCCUGGCCGAAGUGAUUACGGACUUUUUCGAUCAACUCAAAUCCCGUACGAAGGGCUACGCCUCGAUGGAAUACUCCUUGAUCGACUACCGAGCAAGUGAUUUGGUCCGGCUCGAUGUCAAAAUUAACUACGAAAUGGCCCCGCCGCUCGCUUGUGUCGUGCACCGUGACAAGGCCCAAUCCAUCGGGCGACGAUUGUGUGCGUCCCUCAAGGACCUCAUUCCUCGCCAAAUGUUCAAAAUCCCCAUUCAAGCCUGUAUCGGUGUCAAAGUGAUUGCGUCCGAAUCCAUAUCGCCAAUGCGCAAGGACGUCCUGGCCAAGUGCUACGGUGGUGACAUCUCGCGUAAAAAGAAACUGCUACAGAAACAAGCCAAGGGCAAAAAGCGGAUGAAAAGUAUCGGGAAAGUGAAUGUCCCGCAAGAAGCCUUUAUGGCGGUCCUGAAGUUAAACGAGUAA